GCAUUUGAUUUAGUUUAAUAAACAACAUCAAUAGCAACAGAAAGUGUAAAAUAUACAGAACUUUCCAUCCUUCUAUCCCCACUAUUCACUAUUUUUUUCACAUAACCAAAUCAAAAAAUCAAACGAAACACUCCAAACACUGUGAAACACAUCACUCAUACGCACCGUUGCACCGAAUAAGGAUUACAUACAUAUAUACGGUACGAGUGUCUGUGUACGUGUGUUAAAGGAUUAGAGCAGCAGUAAUAAAACAACGUGUCGGUCGUGCAAUCGGUUUCCGGUUUAUAGAACAUUCAACGUUAACGUCAAAGUGUGCGUGUGCUCGUUUUUCGCAUUCGUAACGAAAUGAAAGCCUUCAUCUUAUUAUCCUGUAUAGCGCUGUCGGCUGCUAGGCCCGAAGCAGGCUACGCUUAUAACAGGCCUGGUGGUGGCGGUGGAUUCGGCGGUGGCUCCGGUGGUUUCGGCGGCGGCUCUGGCGGAUUUGGCGGUGGCGGCGGCGGCGGACUCGGCGGAGGACUUGGCGGUGGACUCGGUGGUGGUGGUGGACUCGGUGGAGGUGGCGGAUUUGGCGGCGGCUCUGGCGGUGGUUUCGGCGGAGGUGGCUUUGGAGGUGGUUCCCUUGGCGGCGGCGGCGGCGGCGGCGGUGGUGGUGGCUUCGGAGGAGGUGUUGGUGGCGGUUUCGGAGGCGGCGGCGGUGGUGGUGGCGGUGGUACCACACUUGUGCAGAAACACAUUUACGUUCACGUGCCCCCACCAGAGCAGGAGGAUGUGCGUCCACGUCCCAACAUUCCCAUUGGCCAAUCGCAGAAGCACUACAAGAUCAUCUUCAUUAAGGCACCAUCUCCACCCAGCUACCAGGCACCAGUUAUUCCACUGCAGCCACAGAACGAAGAGAAGACACUCGUCUAUGUUUUGGUCAAGAAACCAGAAGAUCAGCAGGAUAUUGUCAUUCCUACACCAGCGCCCACACAGCCCUCCAAGCCCGAAGUGUACUUCAUCAAGUACAAGACCCAAAAGGAUGGCGGCGGCGGCGGUGGUGGUGCUAUUGGAGGAGGCGGCAUUGGUGGUGGCAUUGGAGGCGGUGGUAUUGGAGGCGGCGGUAUUGGCGGUGGUAUCGGCGGUGGUAUUGGCGGUGGUAUUGGUGGCGGUAUUGGCGGCGGUAUCGGUGGCGGUGAUGGUGGUUACUCCGGUGGUGGCGGCGGUGGUGGUGGUGGUGGUGACAUCUCGGCGCCAUCCUCCAACUACGGACCACCCGGCAAAUCUGGACCUUAUUAAAUGGUUGCUUACAGCUAAAAUUCAAGUGCAACAGAAACUAUGCCACAAAAAUGACAAAAGCGACGAAAACAAAAAAAAACUACGAAAAUCA